AUGGGCACGGACGCAGCCAUCUUCCGCACCAUGGGCAAACAGACAGCCAUGAGGACAGACCAGUACAAUUCACGCUGGCUCAAUGACCCAGCCUUCGUCCACGUCCAGCUCAUCCCUGACAGCAGCGAGAGGAACGACGACAAGCUCUACUUCUUCUUCCGAGAGAAGUCGGCCGAUGCCCCGCUAGUCUAUUCCCGCAUCGGGCGCAUCUGCCUGAAUGACGACGGGGGCCACUGCUGCCUCGUGAACAAGUGGAGCACCUUCCUGAAGGCCCGGCUCGUCUGCUCUGUGCCAGGACCCGAUGGGAUCGAAACACAUUUUGACGAGCUCCACAGGGGCACUGUGCAGAAGGUCAUCGUGCUCCCCCGGGAUGACAUGGAGACAGAGGAGCUCAUGCUGGAGGAGAUCGAGGUGUUCAAGGUGCCGGCACCCAUCAAGACGAUGACCAUCUCCUCCAAGAGG